AUGGAAUAUCUAGUCCGCUUCGCCCAGGUCCAUGAGUCUUUUCGACGGCCCGAAAUCGAGUCUCUGGCAUCACUAACUGGCAUUCCCUUGGAAAUUAUCUUUUAUGAUCAGUUUUCACCAUAUUGCAUUGUAAAAUUAUCAGAUGAAACGGCUGCACGGACUCUGAUUUCUCGCAGUAUCCUAGCUAAAGACAUCUUCGAACUCUGGGGCCAAGGGACCAAUUAUGAUGAACUGCACGCCGACGUCCGCAGGCGGACGCAGGAUCGCUGGAGCGAAUUCAAGGAGUCCUCGUUCCGCUUUACUGUCGACUGCUUCGGCGGCAAGCGAAGCAUGAGGGAAAAGCGCGACAUCAUCCAAACAUUCUCCUACACGGGGUUUGAGGGUCCAAUCCGGAUGAAGAACCCGGACCAAGACUUUUGGGUCCUGGAGGAAUAUCUUUCGGACAUUGAAGCCGCAGCGAUCACUCCCAGCGCAACGCGGCCGUCGGAAAUGGACCUUGAGCCGCAGCGGAUUUAUCUCACACGCUGGAUUGCAGACAGCAGCCGAGACAUUGUCAACCGAUACGAUCUGAAGAAGCGUCGGUACAUUAGUACAACAUCCAUGGACGCGGAGUUGAGUCUCGUCACGGCGAAUAUGGCCCAUGCGGCCCCGGGAAAGCUCUUCUACGACCCGUUCGUCGGCACAGGGAGCUUCUGCGUAGCAGCAGCGCAUUUUGGGUCUUUAACUUUUGGCUCGGACAUCGACCCGCGAAGUUUCCGCGGUCGGGAGACGAAGCAAGGAGAUCUCAUCGGAUUGGCCUCGAAUUUCCAGCAGUACGGUAAUAUAAGCAAGUUUGUGGAUGCGUUCACUUCGGAUCUAACAAAUACCCCUCUCCUACAACAUCAAUUCUUGGACGGCAUUGUAUGCGACCCACCUUACGGGGUCCGUGAGGGCCUCAGAGUUCUUGGAACCCGCGAUGGACGGGGCAAAGAAGAGGUGAUUAUUGACGGUGUACCGGCUCAUUAUCGACCAGGUUACAUUGCGCCUAAGAAACCGUACGGCUUCGAAGCAAUGUUGCAUGAUAUUCUUAACUUUGCUUCUCAAACGCUCGUUACGGAUGGUCGACUGUGCAUGUGGAUGCCGACGUCCAACGACGAGGACGUGAAGUUGAUGAUCCCCAUGCACCAGAACUUAGAAGUCGUCAGUGUUUCUGUACAACCAUUCAACCAAUGGUCACGACGACUGAUCACGUACCGAAGACUGCCGGAUGGACAGAUCUCUGAUAUUUCGUUAGGACGACGCAAAGACGACGACGGGGGAGUCAGCGCAGACGACCUGAACGCCUUUAGGAGAAAGUAUUUCACGAGGCACUCAGCCACCGCCAGUCCCAAAUCGGGAGCCGAGAGUCCCGCAACGCAAUGA